AUUAUUAAUAUUAGCGUGAGACACCAAAAAUCACUACUAGUACUUUUGAAACCACUGGCGUUAAAGCACAUGUGCGGAGUGAAAACUAAUCUCAAUCUCAACAAAGAUACAGCAACAACUACAGCUACAACAACAGCAUCAGCAAAAGCAGCAACUACAAAAAUAUUAACACGUUGACGCUUUUUGUGUUUAUCGCGAGCGGAAAAGCUUAAUUAGCGAGCGCCAAACUCUUUUUGGCUGGCCGAAAUCUUAUUUUCUUUGAGAGUGCGUGUGGGUGCCAAAAAAAUUAAGUACGUCAUCGACGCGCGCAGCGAAAAACGGUCCAAAAACUGAUACACACACAAAGGCGAGCAGCAACCUAGAAUUGAAUUCAAUUGCAGGAGCAACAAAAGCAACACGCCCAAUCAACGCAAAUCAAGGAAAAGUUCUACACACAAACUCGAAUUAAUUAAAUUGUUUUUGUAUCUGAGAUACUACUUCUUCGUCUUCUUCUUCGCAAUCUUCUCCUCGCCUGACCAUUCGCCGCGAAGCGCUGACAAAGACAAAAAGAACGUGCAAAACAGCUGAGCUGAGACCGAGAGUAACGGAACGUAGCGUCGACGUCGGCAGCGAGCAACAAAGCAACAAGUGCAGUAUCAGCAGCAGCAACAACAACACAAAGCCCUUUCAAUUGAGAGCCUAGGCGAGUGUGUGCGUUCACAUUGUUGUUGCCACAAUCAAUUAGAGUGAUAGCAGGCGGCAGAGCAGCAGCAGCAUCCGCAUCAAUUCCGCUGGCAGCAGCAGCAGCAGCAGCACCAUCUUCGCAUCGCAUCUUCGGGCUGGCUUAAUUCCGAAAGUGUAUCUGUGAGCGUAGUUGCUCCCGUUCCGCCUCCGUAAUCGCAAGUGGCUUGUUGUUAUUGUCGCACUCGGUCGAUCUCUCCGUGUGUCUGUCUGUGUGGGCAGCCAGCGCCAGCGCCGUCGGCUCUUGAUUGGGCUUGUUUGAUUCCGAAACUGUAUCCCGUAGUUUCCCGCUAACGGCGAAAAUUCACACAACUCAUUGAUAUUUUAACCUCGUGUCCGCGUUGGCUGCCGCUCGACCAAGGUUCUGCCGCACAAAAUGCUCGUCUCCUUGGGCUCUCCGAAGCCUGGCUUCGUCGGACUAAAAGUGCUCCUCUAGCACACUGCGAGCAGUCCGCCGUACAUAAUACACAAAAGUCUAACUAUACGCGAAAGGCAGAACCAAAAGCCCUAACUAUUUAUAACCCACUGAAUUGGCAGCAAAAAAAAAGUUAUCACCACUUCACCAACCGAAUCGUAAUCGCUAUCGUUAUCGCGAGACAACAAAAUACAAAAAAAAAAAAAGUUUAAAGAUAAUAUACAGUGUGCAAGUCAAGCCGAAGCAAACAAAAACUCCUAUUCUCUUGCUAAUGAAAUCCGAGCGCGUUUUUGUGAAUAAUUAGCCCCCAAAAAAACCCGUUUAGCCGCCGCAGAAAUUAGGCCCCCCAUAAAAGUGACGACGACGAUCCAAGAAACUGGCAUCCAUCUCGCUGCCGCUGAUAUAUAACACCCCAAUAUACACACAGCCUUAAAGCGCAAAAACGUAAAACCGCGAUAACACCCAUACACUUGCCGCCGAGCAGAGCGAAAAAUCCGAUCAGCGAAUAAUAUAUCAACUUCACAGUAACGUCGGAAAGUCAGUGCAAGUCAGAGCUAAAUCGUCGAGCGCCCCGAAUAGUUGUGUCCAACAAAACGUUCCCAAGUUCCCCCAAAAAUCAACCAAGUCGUGAAAAGAUAAUCAGUUAUCAGUGAUCAACAUCGUUCUCCAGAAGUGUACAACUGCGAAAUAAUGUCAGCCCUCUGACAGUGUCCCAAAAAAAAUAAAGCCACACAAAAGUUACAUAACGCAUAACGUGGAAAAUCCUAUUUUCGGAAGCGAAAUAUAAGCAAGAGAGACCCAGCGAAACCCUCCAAGUGACUUGUUAAUUGGAAUGUCGCCUAUCUGACAGUGACUAAAUCAACACGAAAAAAAACACCCCAAAAAUAACUCAAAAACACUAUUUGAAAAUAAAAAGAAUAAAUUGGAGCGUCACUACAGCGUUACAACAGCGAAAGAAAUAAUAUCAGCCAACAAGGAGUGCAGCCUGUGUUAUCAGUGAAGCAUACGUACAUACAUACUGAUAUAUUCGAUUCAAGCGUAAACAACUGCUGUAUAAUGUUCACCGCCAUCUGACAGUGGUCCAAAAACCAGCAAACAGAGCUAAUAAAUAGAGCGUCGAGGGAUCGCCGCUGCUAUAGACAACAAGUCCCACACGUGCCAGUGAGACCUGUACCGUACCACCUCCCCAUUUGAACUGCACGAAGUAAAGUCAAUUUAGCGAUAAAUGGAGAAAUCUGAAAUACGACUGCAGCGCAUGUCAAAUGAAUAUCAGUCGCAAUCGAGCUAUAUGUAUCUCCGGACCAAGAUGCUGUUAAAAAUCGAAAAUACCCUACUUCGAAGCCAUCGUCAGCGCGAGACCACCGGUAUCAAGAAACUAUACAAUUCGUUUUUCGUAUUGUUUUAA